AAUGAAGUCGCCGGAGUUUGGCAACGUUCUAGCAAGAGCUGUUAGCAUGCUCGAUGUCAAGAAGAUAGCUACCAACGGUUUCAGGGGAUGUGGGUUGGUUCCAUUUGAUUGCACAGCACUUAAUCAAGAUAAAAUAUUGAACAACUCUAAGAGUGCAAAUCAAAUCAUCCCUUCAGGACUGGACUUCAAUCUUUUUGUGGCUGUGCUGGAAAGACGUCUCUCACCUCUUGUUCAACAGAAAUUUUUUGAAGACAGAGAAAAAUCAGAAUGGACAGGAGAUGUUGAGUACGCACAGCACUUUUAUUUCUGGCAAUACCUAAAAAAUCAGGUUGAGAUUGGGACCAUUCCAAACAUCCCAAAUAUUAGUGGCUUUGACGAAAGAUGUGAAGGCAAUCUGGACCCUCCUGAUUCUAUUAUGGGUACUGCAGGAGAGCAAAACUUUGAAAUCUUCCUACAAGAGCACCAUGAAAUUCAGACCCAGGAUGAUUCUGACUUUGUCUCCGGAGUUUCUCAUUUUGAAAUUGAACCCACUGAAAAUGGGCAAAUAGUUUCCUUGGCGCCAGGCAGCUUUGAGAAUAACACAGAAUCCAGCACAAUAAGUACAUCAAUAAGUCACACAGAUGAACCAAAAAAUGCAAAAGAUAUACUUAAGGAGUACUUCUUUUGUCCUGAAGAAAUUUCUCCAAAAGUUAAAGAGACAUCUUCUGUCAUUCCCAUCAACAUAGUUACAUCUGAGGAGUGGAGAAUAAUAAAAAAAGAAAAACUUGAAGCAAAAAAACAACUGGAAGAACAAAAGAAAGCUAAUAAACAGGCAAGAGAGCUAAAAAGAAAAUUAAAGCAAGAAGAGGAUGCGAGGAAGAAGGAAAUACGUGAGGAAAAGAGGAAAAUAAAGGAAUCCGAAGGAGAAAAGAAAAAGAUAAAGAAAAUGAAAAAGACAUAAGAAAAA